CUUAUAACUAGUAAUCAUCCUCUUGCUUUUGCACGGUAAAAUCAAUCUAUUAAUCUCCAAAUAACAUGGCAUAUCCUCUCUCUACAAACUCUCGUUGGAUCAUCGACGAAAAAGGACAAAGAGUGAAGCUGGCGUGUGUGAAUUGGCCAUCGCAUUUGCAGCCUGUGGUGGCGGAAGGGCUGAGCAAGCAGAGAGUAGAUGACUUGGCCAAGAAGAUAGUAGCAAUGGGUUUCAAUUGUGUAAGGUUAACUUGGCCACUUUAUCUAGCUACAAAUGAGACGUUGGCUAAUAAAGUUACUGUGAGACAAUCUUUUCAAAGUCUUGGUCUUAAUGAUGACAUUUCUGGUUUCGAAACAAAGAACCCAUCCAUGAUUGAUCUUCCGCUCAUUGAAGCUUACAAGAAGGUGGUAGAUAAGUUGGGAAACAAAAAUGUAAUGGUGAUAUUAGACAACCACUUGACCAAGCCAGGAUGGUGCUGUGGCUACAACGACGGAAACGGUUUCUUUGGCGACACUUUCUUUGACCCUGCCACGUGGAUCGCCGGUCUGACCAAGAUAGCCACGACUUUCAAAGGUGCCUCCAAUGUCGUUGGCAUGAGCCUCAGAAACGAACUUAGAGGACCAAAACAAAACGUCGACGAUUGGUUCAAGUACAUGCAACAAGGGGCCGAGGCACUUCACGAAGCAAACCCUAAUGUACUUGUAAUCCUGUCUGGCCUCAGCUACGACACCGACCUCUCAUUUGUCCGAUCACGACCUGUAAACCUAACUUUCACUAGAAAACUCGUGUUCGAGCUCCAUCGAUACUCUUUCACCAACACAAAAACAUGGAGUUCCAAAAACCCUAACGAGGCAUGCGGCGAGAUUCUGCAAAGCAUCGAGAACGGGGGCGGUUUCAACCUCCGUGACUUCCCGGUGUUUCUUAGUGAGUUUGGAAUCGAUUUGAGAGGCAAAAAUGUUAACGAUAAUCGGUAUAUCGGAUGUAUAUUAGGUUGGGCAGCGGAAAAUGACGUAGAUUGGUCGAUUUGGACACUUCAAGGAAGUUAUUAUCUCAGAGAAGGUGUGGUCGGAAUGAGCGAGUAUUACGGUAUCUUGGAUUCGGAUUGGGUUCGUGUUCGAAGCCAAAGUUUCUUGCAAAGAUUGUCUCUGAUUCAAUCCCCGCUUCAAGGACCGGGCACUCAGUCCAAAGUCUACAAUCUUGUGUUCCACCCGUUAACCGGACUUUGCAUGCUACAAAGUAUCUUAGAUCCAACCAAGGUCACUCUCGGUCUAUGUAAUGAAUCUCAACCAUGGAGCUACACUCCUGAAAACACCCUGACACUCAAAGACAAGUCUCUAUGCUUAGAGAACACCGGGCCGAAUGCGCCCGUUAAGCUCAGUGAGACUAGUUGCUCGAGCCCUAAUUUGUCAAAAUGGGAGACCAUCUCAGCCUCUAAUAUGCUCUUAGCUGCGAAAUCAACGAGUAACUCACUUUGCCUUGACGUGGAUGAAUCCAAUAACCUCAUAGCUAGUAACUGCAAGUGUGUGAAGGGCGAAGAUAGCUCGUGUGAUCCGAUAAGCCAGUGGUUUAAGAUUGUUAAAAGAGACAACCAAAUGGAAAAAUUCUUCUUCAUCUCUGUCUUUCUUCUUCCCUACGUCAUCACCACUUUCGCUUUCCCUCUCUCCACCGACUCACGCUGGAUCGUCGACGACGGCAACAAAGGGCAGCGCGUGAAGCUCACGUGCGUUAACUGGCCGUCUCAUCUCGAAACCGCGGUGGCGGAAGGAUUAAGCAAGCAGCCAUUAGACACGAUCGCAGAGAAGAUCGUCUCAAUGGGUUUCAAUUGCGUAAGAUUGACUUGGCCUCUCUACUUAGCCACCGAUGAAUCUUUCUCUGCUUUUAUGACUGUGAGACAAUCUCUUCGCAAGUUUCGUCUUUUUGAAGCUGUUUCUGGUUUUCAAACUCAUAAUCCAACGAUUCUUGAUCUUCCUCUAUUCAAAGCUUUCCAGGAAGUAGUGUCUUGUCUUGGAAAGCAUAAAGUAAUGGUGAUAUUAGACAAUCACAUAAGCCAACCUGGUUGGAAUGAACUUAGAGGUCCUAAACAGAACACUAAAGAUUGGUAUACGUAUAUGAGAAAGGGCGCUGAAGCGGUCCACUCAGUGAAUCCGGAUGUUCUUGUUAUUGUCUCGGGUUUAAAUUACGCCACUGACUUAUCGUUUCUCCGAGACAGACCUUUUGAAGUUAGCUUUAGGAGGAAACUAGUGUUUGAGAUACAUUGGUAUGGAUUUUGGAAUUCUUGGGAAGGAGAUGAGUUGAACAAGAUUUGCGGGAAAGAAACUGAAAAGAUGAUGAAAAUGUCGGGGUUUUUGCUCGAGAAAGGGGUUCCGUUGUUUGUGAGUGAGUUUGGGAUUGAUCAAAGAGGGAAUAAUGCAAAUGACAUUAAGUUUCUAAGUUGUUUUAUGGCUUUAGCAGCUGAUCUUGAUCUAGAUUGGUCGCUAUGGACUCUUGCAGGAAGCUAUUAUAUAAGAGAGAAAACUAUUGGAUCAGAUGAAGCUUAUGGAGUUUUGGAUUGGAAUUGGUCAAGCAUAAGGAACACAACCAUUUUGCAGAUGAUUUCUGCAAUUCAGUCUCCUUUUCAAGGACCAGGUCUAAUGGAAACUCAACCAAAGAAAAUAAUGUUCCAUCCUUCGAGUGGACUUUGCAUUGUAAGAAAAUCAUUGUUUCAACUAAAGCUUGGUUCUUGCAAUAGAUCAGAAAGCUGGAGACUUUCUUCUCAUCGAGUUUUAUCACUAACAGAAGAACAAAUCCUCUGUUUAAAAGCUUAUGAAAAAGGAAAGUCUGUGAAGCUACGUCUGUUUUUCUCCGAUUCUUACUGUUCGAAAUGGAAACUUCUGUCUGACUCGAAGAUGCAACUCUCGUCGAAAAACAAGAAUGGAGUCUCUGUUUGUUUGGAUGUGGAUUCGAAAUAUAACAACAUUGUGACGAAUAGCUGCAAAUGUUUACAAGGAAACUCGAGUUGCGAUCCGAGAAGCCAGUGGUUUAAGCUUGUUACUAGCACGAGAAAGCGGUCUAAACCAAAACAUGUUCUUCAAAUUAGUCCAUACUCCAAGACAUUUCUUCAGAAAUCUUUAUCAGUUUAACAAGGUCAUCAAGAGAAGAAAUCGGGUUUGGUUUUUGGAUCGACUAUACCAGAUUAUACACAUUUAGCUUUCACAUAGUUGAAAUGUGUAUAAGCCUAACUCAAAGUUUACCUUUUGAUUGCAAUUCUUGCUUUGUAUAUAACAUUUGAUCCGUAUUACACAUAAUACACACACUGUACAUUU